GUCCAAAUAUAUUUUUGUCAUGAACAAUAGAGUUUCUAGAACAAAGUUCACAAAAGUGUAGCAAUGAUAACUAAGGCAUUUCUUUUAUUUCUUUUUAGUGAUAGUUUAUUGAUUUAUGGCUUAAUCAAGUCCACUGGAAAAUCGGAUUGGACUAAAAGCGAUGAAAUUAUAAAUCUUCCAGGUCUAUCGGUGAAACCGAGCUUUCGACAAUACUCUGGUUUUUUGAAUAUUGAUAAAGGAAAAUAUUUUCAUUAUUGGUUUGUCGAAUCGCAAAGGAAUCCUGCUAAAGACCCUGUAAUUCUAUGGUUAAAUGGGGGACCUGGAUGUAGUUCAGUUAUUGGUUUAUUAACUGAAAAUGGUCCAUUUAGAUUAAUGGACAAUGGAAAGAAUUUAACAAUAAAUAACGAAAGCUGGAAUAAGAUUGCCAAUGUGGUUUAUCUAGAAAGUCCGGCAGGCGUCGGAUUUUCGUUCUCUGAAAAUGAGAAAUACGUGACUAACGAUGACCAAACGGCGAAAGAUAAUUUAGCGGCAGUUCUUAUCUUCUUUCAACGUUUUCCAUAUUUCCGCCAUAAUGAUUUUUAUGUUAUGGGCGAAAGUUACGCAGGAAUUUAUAUUCCAAUGUUGGCGAAUUUGUUACUGAAAGAGCCGAAUGUCAACUUCAAAGGGGUUGCAAUCGGAAACGGUGCAGUAGAUGUAACUUCAUUAGGGACGAGUGUGAUUGAAUUUCUCUAUUCUCAUGGAGUAAUCGGAUCGAGCCAGUAUAGUCAAGUAACAAAACUCUGCUGUGGCUCUACACCUAUUCGAUACUGCAAUAUCACCAUCUCAAAGACACCAGCUUGCAAGAAAAUGGUUGAUUUUAUACAAAGUCGAUUCCACGAUUCCGGUCUUGAUCCCUAUAAUUUGUACGACGUUUGUGCUUAUAAGGAUAAAAAGGACGUUAAUGGGUUACCGUGCGUUGAUCCAAGGCCUGCUAGAAAAUAUUUUAGCAGUUACGCUGUUAGAAAAUCGUUAAAUAUGCCUGAAAAAUCAUUGUGGGAUGGACCUUGUAGUCAAAGACUGAAUUACACGGGACAGACUUCAACGGUCAGGGGUUAUGUGACAAAUUUGGUAAAGGCUAAGAAGAGGGUUUUAAUUUAUGCAGGAGAUAGUGAUAUGAUGUGUAAUUGGUUGGGUAAUUUAUGGUUUGUUGAAAGUCUAGGUUAUAAGGAAAUAGAACCAAACCGACCUUGGUUCUACAAGGAUCCAAAAUUCGGGAAACAAAUAGCCGGAUUUGCAACAAUCUUUAAUGGAAUCGAUUUCGUAACGGUUAAGGGUUCUGGACACUUUGUGCCACAAGACAAACCAUUGCAGGCCUAUACAAUGUUCGCUAGAUACUUACAGGAGAAGCCUUAUUGA